UGUGAAGCGUAGUAAGCUGUGGAUCGGUAAAGUUUGUGGUUAUUCCGGAUUCCAACAUCGAGUUCAUCUAGUGUUAUGUUCUCCGGUUCAUGGUACGAGGUCCCAUAAUCAAUCAAUCAAUCGUGCCGGCAAAGCCCAAACGUUGCGCAAGCAGAACAAACGAAAGGCGUGUUGAAUAAGUGGCAAGUUUUGCCAUUAGCUACGCCGUGUGAAGCGUACGUGUUUUGGAACCAAAAUAACGUUGACACUGCAACAGUUUUCGUGCUACAAAGCGCCUUGCGAACGACGUCGCGUCAAUUUGUACCCGCCACCAUUUGAUUGAGCCACUAUUCACGCAUACACAGCCAGAGUGCGCUCCCCGCAGAGACAGGUGUUAUUUGGUUUCACGAGGCUUUCACGAUUCACGGACCGUGGAGCCGAACGAUUUGUGACAUAAUCCCGUCAGCAGCAGCAGCGUGCGCUUGGACCCUUCGGUUUCCUCGUUCGAUCCCGUUUCCAAACGUCUCUUAGGACCGAGAGGGAGAACGAAAUAGGAAAUAAGUCCCAAACAAUAGCGGCGAAGAGCAAAAGCGGUUGGAGCAAGGUGCAGGAUGGAGUUUGAUUCCGGUUCCGACGAGCUGAACCAACGGAUAGCCGAAUGGUUGCGAUGGGAUAAGAAUGACAAAACCGCGGACGAGAUCCGCAGCCUGGCGGAGCGUAAGGAGUGGAAGGUGCUCGGUGGACGGUUGCUGCAGCGGCUCACGUUCGGCACGGCCGGGCUGCGCGGUGUUAUGCAGGCCGGGUUUAACGCGAUGAACGACUUGGUGGUCAUCCAGUCGGCGCAGGGAUUGGCCAAGUACUUGCUGCAGUGCUACCCGUCGGCGGAGGAUCGAUCGCGGGGCGUGGUACUGGGGUACGAUGGGCGGUACAACAGCAAAAGGUUCGCCGAGCUGAGUGCGUGCGUGUUCCUGCACGAGAACAUCCCGGUGUGGUUGUAUGGGCGGACCGUGGCCACGCCGUUCGUGCCGUUCGCCGUGCUGGAGCUGAAGUGUUUGGCCGGCAUUAUGGUGACCGCAUCCCACAACCCGAAGGAGGACAACGGCUACAAGGUCUACUGGACGAACAGUGCACAGAUCAUUCCACCGCACGACAAAAACAUACAGACGUCCAUCAUGGAAAAUUUGGAACCGCUCGAAUCGUCCUGGAACGUCGAUCUGCUGCUGUCGGAUAAACUGAACGAUCCGUACGACGAGAUGGUGGAGCUUUACUUCCGCAAACUUCGCUCGAACGUACCGGCGCCGUUCAUCAGCGAGUACAACACCGGCAGCCCGGUGCGCUUCGUCUACUCGGCCAUGCACGGUGUCGGCUAUCCGUUCGUGGAACGGGCGUUCGAGUGCGCGAACCUGCCCGCAGUCAUCGCCGUGCCGGAGCAACGCGAUCCGGAUCCCGAGUUUCGUACGGUAAAAUUCCCCAACCCGGAGGAGGGCAAGUCGAGCCUGGUGCUUUCGAUGCAGCUCGCCAACGAAACUGGCUGCGGGCUCAUCCUGGCUAACGACCCGGACGCCGAUCGGUUGGCCUGUGCCGAAAAGGAUUUCAAAGGAGAGUGGCGUGUUUUUAGCGGCAACGAGCUGGGUGCGCUUCUUGGCUGGUGGUCCAUCCGCUGCUACAGGGAGCAGUUUCCGGACCGGAGCCUGUCCGACUGCUAUCUGAUUGCGAGCACGGUAAGCAGCAAAAUGUGCCGCUCGAUCGCCAACGUGGACGGGCUCAACUUUAUCGAAACACUUACGGGUUUCAAGUGGAUGGGUAAUAAAUCGGUGGAACUGCUUGCCGAAGGAAAAACGGUCCUGUUUGCGUUCGAGGAAGCGAUCGGGUUCAUGGUGUCACCCACCGUACUCGACAAGGAUGGCGUUAGUGCCGCCUGCCAUCUGGCCACGAUGGCUUGCUAUCUGCGGGCCACCUCCAACCAGUCGCUGGCCGACAAACUGAACGAGCUGUACGACAUUUACGGGUUCCACUGUACGCUAACGUCGUAUCACUUUUGCUACGAACCGCCCGUUAUCGAACGCAUAUUCAAGCGAAUCCGGAACAUGGGUGGUGAAGGAAACAAGCCGACCGAUGAAAACUACCCGCAAACGAUCGCUGACGGGCGCUUCAGGAUUGCGGAUGUACGGGAUCUUACCACCGGGUACGAUUCCUCGCAACCGGAUGGCCGUGCGGUGCUCCCGACGAGCAAGAGCUCACAGAUGAUAACGUUUUCGUUUGAAAAUGGCGCCGUCAUAACGCUGCGCACGAGCGGUACGGAACCGAAAAUCAAGUAUUACGCCGAAAUGUGUGCUCAGCCAGGACAACGAGAUUGGGACGGCUCGAGGGCAACACUUCGUGAGAUGGUCGAUGCAAUCGUCACGGAGCUGCUGCAGCCGGAGGAAAACAAUCUUACGCCACGGUCUGAUUAGAAAUCGACCAUACGUGCGGCAAGGAUUAAAUCGUACGCCACAUUCUCAGAGCGUAUUUUCAAACAAUUGACACUUCUAACAGCAACGAAACCAUUUGCAUCCAAUCUCAUCAGUUCAUUCCGGGUAGUAAAAGUGAUGAACAUAUCGCGAAAAGAUAUGGAGAAAAAUGUUAUAUCAUAUUCGUAAUCCAAAAGAACUCAACUAAGCUCCAGCUAAAACACGCGAGCGCCCGAAACUCGAAUGACGAAAAAGAAUAGCUCACCGAGGCAUGCAUCAAUUGACAAAUUAUGAAAUAGAAAUCACAGAAAUGUAAUUCUGCUAGAUAGUGCGCUGUUCUCUUAGCUUUCGUUGAUUGUGUUCUAUAUGAUUCUAGUUCCUUAAAGGAUAGUCGGAAGUAAUGAACGUGUAGAAUAUUUUUUAAACCCAAUGUAUACACAUACCGACUAGCACCGUUUAUAACAUAACGUACCGGGUUUGAUGUCUAUAUGUUGAAUGAUAGCCGAUAAUAAGCGUACCAAUAAUGUGUAUGUAUGUAUGUGUGUGUAUGUGUGACUAUUUAUUUUCUCCAACAACCAUUAUGUCCCCGAUUGAUACGAUUUUGUUCAACCUAAGGUUGCUCCUCGAGCAAUGCUUUUGUUGAAGGAAAAAGGAAGGUUUUUGAAACAACAACUGUUUAUAAGCUGUGAGAAGGUCAUGUAAACGGAAUGGAAGGAAAUAAUAAAAAAAAAUAAAAAAAAACUAUGCAACAUUCUGCAACUUUG